CGCGUCCCCACCUUCAGCGUCACGCACCUCCAUGGGCAGCGCAUGGGGACACGGCUCGUCCACGGCACCCCCUCCCCUGAUCUAGCCAGCCGCACCCCGAUCGGUUGCCCGUGCCGCGCGCCCCCACGCGACCCCGACCAGGACCACGAUCCGCGGCAAGGCCUCAUCGGCGAACGGAAUAUUUCGCGGCCGAGCUCCUGCUCCCCCGGAAUCUAGGGUUCGCCUCCCCCCGCCCCGCGUCGCCCUCGAUGGGCCCGGCCGCGCAGCCGCCGGACGCCGGCGGCGGCGGGGACCCGGAGGCGUGGUACGGCAGCAUCCAGUACCUCAUCAACAUCUCCGCCGUGGGCGCCGCCUCCUGCGUCCUCCUCUUCCUCCUCGUCAAGCUCCGCUUCGACCACCGCCGCAUCCCGGGGCCCUCCGCGCUCGCCGCCAAGCUCCUCGCCGUCUACCACGCCACCGCGGCGCAGAUCGCGCUCCACUGCGGCGCCGACGCCGCCCAGUUCCUCCUCUUCGAGCGCGCCUCCUUCCUCAUCCUCGCAGCCGUCGCCGCCGCCGCCGUCGCCGCGGCGCUCCCGCUCAACCUCCUCGCGGGGGACGCCACCGUCGUCGACCAGUUCGCCGCCACCACCAUCUCGCACAUCCCCAAGUCGUCCCCGCUCCUCUGGCUCCACCUCCUCCUCACCGCCGCCGUCGUCGCCAUCGCGCACCUCGGCAUCUCCCGCAUGGAGGACGCGCUACGCAUCACGCGCUUCCGCGACGGCAACGGCAACCCCAGCGACCCCAACUCCAGCUCCGUCGCCGUCUUCACCAUAAUGAUCCAGGGCAUCCCCAAGACGCUGGCCGCGGACAAGACCCCGCUCAAGGACUACUUCGACCACAAGUAUCCUGGCAAGGUUUACCGUGCCAUCGUGCCAUUUGAUCUCUGCACGCUGGAGUAUCUCGUCGACCAAUUGGGGAAGGUCCGCAACAAGAUCUCUUGGCUGGAGGCAAGGUUGGGCGCCCGUGACCUGUUUGAUGACAUUGUGCACAACGACGAAGCAGUUCGGUCAGAGGAGCAUUGGUUUGUGCGAAGAUGCAAAGAGCUAUGGGCAAUGGCAGGGGAGAGGCUAGGGUUCACUGAUGAGGAGAGAUUGAGGAAGUUGCAGACUAAGAAACUUGUGCUUGCAAGCAGGCUAUCUGAUUAUAAGGAAGGGCGCGCCCCUGGCGCUGGUGUAGCUUUUGUGGUGUUUAAGGAUGUCUACACCGCAAACAAGGCUGUAAGGGAUUUCAAGAUGGAGAGGAAGAAGACCCCAAUUGGCAGGUUUUUCCCAGUGAUGGAGCUCCAGCUCGAGAGAAGUCGAUGGAAAGUGGAGAGAGCACCACCGGCAUCAGAUAUCUACUGGAAUCAUCUAGGUCUUAGCAAGAUAUCUUCGCGGCUGAGGAGGAUUGCAGUCAACACCUGCCUAAUUUUGAUGCUCUUGUUCUUCAGUUCACCCUUGGCAAUCAUCAGCGGGAUGCAAAACGCGGCACGGAUCAUCAAUGUGGAGGCUAUGGAUCAUGCCAAGUCAUGGCUUGCCCGGCUUGAAGGUUCAAGCUGGUUCUGGACCAUAAUCUUUCAGUUUCUUCCCAAUGUUCUCAUCUUUGUGAGCAUGUAUAUCAUCAUCCCAUCGGUAUUGUCGUACUUCUCCAAGUUUGAAUGCCAUCUGACAGUGUCAGGGGAGCAGAGGGCUGCAUUGCUGAAGAUGGUUUGCUUCUUCCUUGUCAAUCUCAUCCUAUUGCGUGCUCUGGUGGAAUCAUCACUUGAAAGUUGGAUUCUUAGCAUGGGGCGGUGUUACUUGGAUGGUCCAGACUGCAAGCAGAUUGAACGCUAUUUAAGCCCAUCCUUUUUAUCAAGAUCAUCGCUUUCUUCCCUGGCAUUCCUGAUCACAUGUACCUUUCUGGGAAUAUCUUUUGAUCUGUUGGCACCAAUCCCUUGGAUAAAGCAUAUAAUGAAGAAAUUUAGAAAGAAUGAUAUGAUACAGUUGGUCCCUGAAGAGAAUGAGGACUACCUACCCAUGCAGAAUGGUGAAGAAACUAAUAAUUUGACAGCGCCUCUAAUGCCUGAGAGAGAAGACAGUGGCCUUUUGGAUAGUAUUGAAGGGCACGAUCUUUCCCUGUACCCACUAAACAGGAGCUUCCACAUGCCAAAGCAGAAAUUUGACUUUGCACAGUACUAUGCUUUUGACAUUACUAUAUUUGCCCUCACAAUGAUCUACUCCCUGUUUGCUCCGCUCGUGGUUCCUGUGGGCGCGACAUACUUUGGCUACCGUUAUCUUGUGGACAAGUACAACUUCUUGUUCGUUUACAGAGUUAGAGGGUUUCCUGCUGGCAAUGAUGGGAAGCUGAUGGACAGAGUGCUGUGCAUCAUGCAAUUCUGUGUGAUCUUCUUCCUUGCUGCAAUGCUGCUCUUCUUUGCUGUUCAGGGUGAUUCAAUGAAGCUACAGGCUAUAUGUACUCUUGGGAUGUUAGUGUUCUAUAAGUUGCUUCCUUCUAGAAGUGAUCGCUUCCAGCCAUCUUUGUUAGAAGGGAUGCAGACAGUGAAUAGCUUUGUAGAUGGUCCCACGGAUUAUGAAGUUUUUUCACAACCUGACCUGGAUUGGAAUCUGUAUCAAUCCUGAAGAUCAAUACACACUUUUGUUCAUUACAACAUCUUUCAUGACUUGAAAUACCUGAUCGCGACCCUGGUGUAUCAAAGUCAUUCAUUCUUCUUGUACAGCUAUGUAGAUUAACUUUUAUCUCCUUAGAUGUAUUUGUUUUGUCGGAUAUGACAAGCAGAUACAGUUUUGAUGAUGAACAUGGUCUAUCAAAAACUUACUUUAAAUUAUACAUGAUGUAGUCAUUUCAUUUCUUUUUUGUUAAUAAUCGAAGGUCCUAUAACCAGAAAAAGUUGUCAUA